UUUUGUGAUAAAUGUUUUAUGAAUCACGCGACUAAUUUUAUAAAAUUCAGUUUAUUUUAGACUAUUAGACUAUAUUCAUGGGAAGUUCUUAUGGAGUGUUGUUAAAAUAUUCUGAGUUUGAACAGGAAUUGCAUUGAAUCGUACGUGUCUUUCCAUAUUCAUGGUACUAUAUUGAACAAGGUCAAAUCUGACCAACUGUGGAAAACCGCACAACAUGAAGCCAACGGAUUUUCAAAUCGACCAAGAGGGAUCUUUAUUCAAGUAUCAAACGCAGAUGAUCCUAGCAUUAUUUCCAGGAUAGAAGCAUGGCUGCAAAACAUUUGCGCCAAGAAUAAGAAAUUGGGGGGUGCUGAUGACAUGAACGACUUGGUCUUGAUCGACGUGGCGGCUGAAAAACCUGACGGCUCUUUAGAAAUGAAAUUUCGCGUCUUGGACAAAGUUUUGCCGUUUGCCACUGGUGGGAAUAAACAAUGUUUCGGGAAUCUCUUUGUGGGAACAGUCCUUUUAGAGUGGAAAGGAGCAGGAAAUCCAUACCAAGAGGGAAUCGCAAAUUCAGAAUUUCGAGUUCGGAAUUUGAAUGCUUCGAAAUACGUGGCGCAACAAUUUUUGAAGCGCUAUCCAAAUGUAAGGGUCAAUUGGUACAUAACAUACGAGUCCAACCUGAAUUAUUUGGAAAACUUUGUGGUGAAAGAAAACUAUAAAAAAUUUCUUGGAAAUUUGAUUAAAGAGUUGACUCUACUUCGUUCUGGAGCCGUAAUGUGGUCUCCAACCUUUUGGGAUUUAUGGAACUCUACAUCCCCGUCCACAAAAUUAAGACUUGGUUCAAAUCUUCAAGAUCUGUUUCAAUCGUUGGCCAAAGACUCCCGGCCAGGAAUAACAUGGAUGAAUUUGCAGGACUCUGUUGGGAAGUCUGCUGAGGGUUGUUUCAAAAUGACGCCUGCGGAUGCUGUGAAAUGGUAUAAUUUUGUGAAGGACUUGUACCCCUUCCCAUCUAUGCAGAUGAAUGUUGAGCAGUUCAAAACCUUGAGUGACUGCAAAUCACUCGUAGAAAAUGAACCUGACGUUCAAAUCCAGCGUGAGAAAUAUUACGCCAGCCAAGGGGUCAACAUGGGUGCUGCAUUUGAAAUCAGAUAUUGGCGAGAACGAGAAAAUACAUUGCGAUGAUUUAUGUAUUACUUGUAAAGUAUCAAUCAAAAUAUCCGAGUAUUUAAUUUUGUUUUCAAUUAUUAGAUAAUUUGGAUUUAUUCGUGACGGGCGUAAAAAUAAAACAAUAAAAAAACUUGUAAAAAAUAAAAUUAAAAACAGAAUAGUCAAAACAUAA